AUGGGUAAUACACCCGCACGUUCAGGUCUCGUUUUUGUUUUUGUCUGAUGUCAUGAGGGCGACAGAUACAAUGUCAGAUGUCGUUGUGUUUAGUGAUGUGAAACUGUAAAAAUUGUGUUGUAAAUGUAAAAAUGAGGGAGAAAAGAAACAAAACUUUAUUCUUUUUGGUAAACAGAGGCAUUGAGGAGACUUUAUAAGGCUCAAGCUUGGUAACAUCUUUAAUCUGAAUAAAAUACUUUAACCCCUUUUUCCUUUAUAACCCAGGUUUAUCUACUACAAUAUAAAAUAGGUGGUAGUCAAAAAUAUAAUCGGAAACCACUGUUUUUCCGACGUUUUUUACUCUCCAAAACAGCUUGUAAUAGCAAAAAGUAAACUUUUCGUUGUUUUGCUCGUUUUUUCGGGAAAAAUUUUUUUCUUUUAUAAAAUCUGUCAUUGUGACACGUUUAAAAUCAAGGUUAUUCAUGUAAUUAAUGUUACCUUAUGUUACCAGUGAAUAUAUAUUGUAAAUUUACUUUAUAAAAACGUAUUUUUGUUAUUUUUUGUUACGUUUAUGCACUACAGACAACCAAAAUGACGGAUUUUUUGGGCGGUUUCGAACUUUUUUGGCCAUGUGUUUCUCGAAAAUAACUAUUUUUUGCAAACAAAAACAUGUCCUCUACUUUUUAAAAUUGAUUUGUAAAUAAUGUUUGGAACGUAUGCACUUUCAGGUUAAAUCAACGAUUUUUAACUAUAUUAUUUCAGAGAGGAUGAUUGAAGAUAUGGAUCCUCAGAAUAUCUUCAAUCGCGGCCAAGUAACUGUUAACAGAGGAACCGAACGCAAUCCGCAGCCUUUCCUUGAGUUUAACAGUAUUCAUGGUGAAUAUAUCGCGUUGAAUUCGAAUGGCAAAGUUGCAAGACGAGAACAGUCGUUUUGCAAGGGAGUUGUCUUCACAAAUAGGUAUGAAACUUAUUGUUUUUUGAUUUUAAGGUUUAGAUCAUGUGUUAAAAAUGAAAAGGGAACAUUGGAGAAGGUCUGGUGUUGAUUACUGAACCCUUCUUUAAUUGUUUUUAAUAAUAUUUAACGAGUAAAACGUUGAAGUAGCGGAAAAACACUUAAAAUUUAUUGUUUUAGGCCUGUUCUUGUAAAUGAAGUAAUCUGCGUACGGUUAUCAGAAGUAUCAGCUCAGUGGUCGGGUGUGAUGAGGUUUGGAGUAACGAGUGUUGAUCCAGCUUCAUUUCGUGAUAUUGAACUUCCAAAGUAAGGAAUUACUUUACUUUUAUAUCGUUGUUUUAGGGAUCUUCAUCAAAAGUCUAUUGUAAAAUUCCUUAUUAAUUUAAUUAAUGAAAAUAAGUUGACCUAUCGUUUAUGAAAUGUUAUAUCUAGUUAAUAUCAAGUUUUCAACUGCUCAACAAUAUUAUAUUUUUAGAUUUGCAUGUCCUGAUCUCACGUCGAAAGGCGGUUUUUGGUGCAAAACGUUGCCUGAACGAUUUUCAGUUCAAGGCAAGAUUCUUCAUUUUUCUGUAGAUAGCGAUGGUAACUUGUCAUACGGAGUUAAUGGUCAAAGUCAGGGUAUUUUUAUGUCUAAAAUUAAUACUCGUGGUCAGCUUUGGGGAAUGUUCGACCUUUAUGGCAAUUGCAAGGCUUUGGAGCUCAUGGGUAAGCUACUAAAAUAUUUUUUUGGAUCAAGUAGCUCUUUGUUUUUCAGCUUUAAUUUUAUUUUGGGUUUGCUUAAGUACGAGUCAUAUUUUUUCUUAUCAUAAAAGUUAAUUAUGUUUCAUACUUUAGAGUUAACACGUUUGAACCGAGUUGAAGUCCCCGAAAUUCGAAACUCAAGUUCAGAAGAAGAGCUUGACACUGUGAAUGAACAAUUUCCUAUGUCUGGUGAGUCUUUAUAUUUAUAUGAAUAUUGGUUUUUAGAUCUUAAAUUUCAUCGUAUUCACUCGGGAAAUAUUGUUAUAACAAGAGACAGUACGAUAGCCACAAGGAUCGGUGCUGAUUACUGUCAAGCCUACGUGUUUUCCCAUAGGCCCGUGCAGAUUAUGGAGAAGAUUUCAUUGAUUGUGAUGAAACAUGAACCAGAGUUUGCUGGAUCAAUGGCGUUUGGAGUAACUAGUUGUGAUCCAGCUGAAAUUGAAAACAUUGAUGAUCUGCCUCGAGAUUCGGAUAAUUUGUUGGACCGAAAAGAGUAUUGGACGUGUAUUAAGAACGUUGCUGUUAAUCCAAAGAGGGACGAAACGGCUGUGUUUUGGUUUACGAACGAUGGUAUGUUCUUAUCUUUUAAGUAAUGUAAUUUUUAGUAAGAAAUUAUGUGAAAGUUGAUUUGAUGAUGUUUUAGGAGAAGUCAUGUUUUCUAAAAACGGGUACGAUGCAAGGACGAUAAUGCAUGUUGAUGUUUCUAUACCUCUUUGGGUGUUCUUUGAUUUAUAUGGUUCUACUGUUAAAAUUAAGCUUACCGGUAAGUUUUUUAAUGUUUAUAUCUACUUUGAUGAUACGGUAUUUUUUCUUCUUUGCUAUAUGUCUUUAAUUUUUAUAGAUAGAGUUAAAAAAAGUGUUUAAUUUGAAUUUUUAGAUGUUUCUGAAAUUUCAAUUCGACCACGGAUACCAAUGUCAACAUCACCAGCCGAACUUGGUGUAGUUUCUCCGCCAAGACGUUCUUCAUCAACGGAAAUCAACCGGCUUAACCUGGCCAAUGAGUACGGAGUUCGUGUACAGUUACCAGAACAAGGGCUACUAACAGUUCAAUCAGCUCCAACUUCAACCCGCAGAUCACCUCUCGACGGUCAGGAUGACAGUUCAAGUGACGAAACGACGAUCAACGACCUCAACUCACGAUUAAAUGCCAUCAGAGAUCGGAGUCGACGAGUGACGAGUGUUCAGCUUGAUUUGGAUCAGCUACGGAAUCAGCUGAGUCGGUUGAACACUGGCAGUCCACAAAGUGAACGAUCAGAGACGGCAAGAUCAGAUGAUGAACGGAGAAGGCGACGGCAAGAAAUGACUGACAAUAUAAGACAGAUCGCGAGGUUAGAGGCGACGUUAUCGGCCAACAGAAGUGAAUUGGAUAGGUUGUCAGCUAUUAUACCUUCAGAAAGCUCGAGAAGAGCUACGGAAGGAGCUGAUGUGUUGGCUUCUGAGCGAACUUCUAGUGUUUUGCCACCGCUCAGAGUUCCGUAAGCAAUUUUAUUAUAUUUUAGUAAUUCUAACACCUAAAAUUAAUUAAUCUAUUGAAUUUGACUUGAUUUUGUUUUAAAUUAGGUAUUAUAUUACUUUUUUGACCUAGUUUUUUGUUUAUAUUUAAUAUUGAGUUUUUGUUUAGAAAUAUAAUUUUUGCUUACUAACGCUUGGCCUUUUAAUUUCAGCAUGAUAGCAUAUAGCAGUCCACCAAUGGCUGAGUAAGUUGGCUUGCUAUUAUCAUAUUUUAUUUUUUAAUUUAAAAAAUAUAAUUAGAUUUUUUGACAUUUCAAAACUAUUUGAACCUUUAAUAAAACUUGUUUUUUUUUAAUUAUAAAUCUGCUUUGGAAUAUUUUAAAAAACUAAGGAUACAUUUUAAAAAUUCAUAAUGAAUAAAUUCGUUUUACUUUUAAAUUUUUAGUUUAUCCGAACGAUCUCAACGCAACUCUUCUCCAGUAUCACGGGUUUCCUCCAUUAUGGAUAGGAUUCGAGCAGCAAAUGCGGCGACACAAUCGAUUGUUGGCGAUGUUCCAACGACGUCCAGCUCUGUAGUAACGGCAUCAGUAUCAGCACCAGCGGUAACGGCUCCUGUGCGAACGAAUUCAGUCGAAAGAAGCAGUUCAGGUAAGGCUUACUUAGCUGUAAAUUAGGCUUCGGAGGAAGGUUUGGAGAUUUUUUUUGUAAAAUACGUUUUUUUAUAUUUUAAAAGAUGGUACAUAGUUUUAAAAUAAGAUGGUGUAUGUGAGGUUAUAGUUAAUGUUUCUUGGGAUGUUUGGAUUUGCAUUGUAGCAGGUUGGUAAACCUUACUGUGAAUAAAACGAGGUUGCCGAAAGAGUAUUACACAAUAGUUUACAUUAAUAUUGUACCGGAAAGAUGCAAUUUCUUAAAAUAUAGUUUUGCUUUGUUGUUACUUGUAAUAAUUUGUUACUACUGAUCCAAAAACCUAUUCAAGUAUACUCAAAACACAUGAUCGCUAAAUUAUACUUUACUUAUCUGUAACUAUCAAUUUGUACUCAAUUUCUUAUGAACUGAUAGGUAACACGCGCUGUUUCACGCGCUUUAUGUAGUGUGACUCAUUAUAAUGUAUUUUUAGGACAAUUUAAUAUGUCAUUGGAAACGUAUUAGGAAACAUGACAACUUUAAUUAGUACUUUUGUACGUUUCCUUGCGGUCCAUUAGAAAUGAUGAGGUUCAACCUAAUAAAAUGAUACUUUUGGGUUUAAAUUUGGGUUAAAAACUGUAAAAACGACAUAUUUGGACUUUAAAACAAAACAGUUGAGACAUUAAUUACAGGAUAGGGUGGGUAUGAAAAAGUGUUGGUGGAUGGGGAGUAUCGUAAUUGAAUUUAAAAAGUUGUUUUGUGUAAAAUACGGGUCGGAACUUGAAGAGAAGUUAAAAAUGACGAAUUUAAAUAAAAUGGAUCUUUAACAAACAAGACAAUAAAGAUUGAAAACCCUAAUAAUAAAACUUACAUUAUGGCUUUUUACCACGUUUAAACACACAAAAAAGAGUAAAUUAUAAAAAAAAUUACUACAUACUCAAAAAGAUAAUAUUUUAUUGAAAACUACUGAUAAAAAAUGAAACGAUUCAUUAUAAUAUCACAAGUUCAACAAGAAAACCAAAAUAAUAUAACAAAAUUAAAUAACAGGUUAAAAAAUCUCAAUAACUCCAUACUACUCAAUAGAUUGAACAACUAUAAUAGCAAAGCACUAUAUGAAACAGCGAAGUAACACUGUUUUUAUGGAUUAUGUUAUUGCUAAUUAAUAACACGUACCGUACUUAAAAGUACACGCUAUAAAAGGGCAGAAUCUGGAAAAACUAUCCAUAUUCGCGUUUUAAAGUACAUCAGCUGACGGUACGUAGUAAUAAAAGUGCAAAAAGUUUAGCCGAGUGGGUAUAUAAGCAAAAGUACAUAUGGUUUAGUAGCAGUACGUUUCGAUGUGAUUUUGGUUGUGGGUUUUGUGUUAAUGUGGGUUUGCUAGGUAGAUGUGUGGGUAUUCUGAGAUGAGUAAUGUGGGUUUGAACUCUGUGAGGGAUUCUACAAUGAAUUUUUGACUUAAGGCAGUUUUUGGUUUUUCUGUGAAUUUGCUUGUUUUUUAGUAACCUUUGUAUAAGUAUAGGUAUCUGUAAAUAUUUUUUGCAUUUUUUGAUAACGAACAUGGUUGCGGCAAACAUAGCGUUUAGUUUUUUUUAUAAUAUUGGAUAUUUUAUGUUGAGGAUCUGGAUUGAAAAAUGAUCAUAGUGUAGCUCUUUCUAUAAUACAAAAGCAUAUGGAAUUUUUUGUGUUUACUUUUAACGAGUGUUGACAAGGCUUAAAAAUUUUUCGAACGAAUUUUUUGUCUAGUCUUAAAUUUUUAAAAUGUACGGUAGUUUUGGCGUUUACCAUAGUUUGCUGAUGAAAUUCCAGCUACUUCAAGUCAUCUGUUUUAGCGUGCGCGUGCUACGUAUUCAGGUUGUUACAUGUUGGCACUACAAAAACUCGCAAUUGUUUCGCCAAAUUAUACUUUACUUUUGUACUAUUUAUCCUAAAAAUGGAUACAAUUAUUGUGGAGUAAAUUCGUACUUAAUAAGUACAAUGCGAGUAAUUUUAGCUUUAAUGUUAAGCAUGAAAAACCAGAAAGGACCAAAAAACGGUGCGACUUCGUGCUAAGCUACAAAACUCAACUUUGCAGUAUAUCGAAAUAUACUGCAAGGUGUUUUUUAUGUACUUUUGGAUAGAGAUGUUGUAGGUAGAUUAAAUGUAUUUAUAGUAACUUUGAAGCUAAAAAUGUAAUUAUGAGUUACGGUACAUUAACAGUAUGAUAUAAGGCUAUUGUAAAGGAAAAGAAAAAAUUCAUCAAAGAAAAUUAAAAAUAACAGUAAUGAUGUUACAGUAAUCCCAAGUGUGUGAGGAAUUUCUAUUUUAAGAUUAUAAUUAAUUUAAACGUUAUAAUUCAUAGUACGGUAUAGAAACGUGUGUUAAUCUGUGCUUAAAGUUACAUGUGGGGGUUGUGGAUUUACUUUGUUCUGGUUUAAAUUUAAAAGUUUUGUCGCUUUUAAAGGGGCAAGGUAUAGGGAAUUGGUGACAAGAGUUUUGGAGGCUUUGACAUAUUGUUGCAAAUUGAAAUAUUAUAAGGUUUUUUGAAUUAUUUUAUUAUCUACAUGGCGUUGGUGUAAGCAGUACUAGAUGAUAAAAGUUGGGAUCGACGAUAGUAGAGGGUCUCUACUAGAAGGUGGUACAAUUUUUUUACAAGGGAAAAGCAACCGCGGGGUAUAACACCUAGAAUUAUGACUUAUGCUAUGUGGGUGAGCGUAAACAAUUAUAGAUGGUUCAAGUGUUUUUAGCUGCUUAUCAUUGAUACUAAUAGUUGUAAAGCCUCAAAUGUUAUUUGUGAAAACGUUGGGAUUUUCCAACUAGGACCUGUCGCGCUACGGUCAGCUAAAAAAUACUUUAUUGUAACUUUUUACACUCUUUCAAAUUGUGGUAGGCUCGAUAUUUUUUUCUAGCUCCUACUUUGUUAAAGGAAUAAAAUAACGUGAUGAACAUGAUUUUCAACAUCAUAUUGAAUAUUUAUUUUCAGGAGACUCGGUGCAAGAUGGUGGUAUCAACUCAGAGUGCAUUGUGUGCAUGAGUGAUCGAGUCAAUUCUGUCCUAUACCGUUGUGGCCACAUGUGUAUGUGUUUUGGUUGUGCGGAGAAGACGAUGCAAACGACGAGGAAUUGCCCGCUGUGUCGCCAGAUGAUUCUCGAUGUUAUCAAAUGUUACCAGUCAUAG